AGGAAGGACAAGGAAUUUUCCAAAUCUCCUGGGAGACGCGGAAAAUAGAACUACCUUUAGGCUUUUACCUUAGAAGCCUUGAAAUAAAGCACCCUUACACCAAACGUUUCCCCUUCCUCACCCUUUUCAGAUUUACUUUCCCCCUUAAUUUUUGCACUCUUCAAAAAACUUUGAGCGGAAGUUCCAGUUGGUUCACAUAUGUUCUCCAUCGGAGGCUCCAAUUAGAAUGACACGACAGGAGCAGAAAAACUUCUCUCUGAGCCACGCUAUCUACCCCCCUACACUUGUCAGCACAUCACCCAUGCUGCGGAGUAGGGCUAGCAGGCAAGGGGGCCGCAAUAUGACUGCUUCUAUCGGUAGCCAAAAGAACCACCUGCUGCAGCUCACCGCACUGCUGAACGCCACUUCCUGCUGUUUAAGAGCGCACGGGCUAAUUUCCGCCGAUACUAGUACCGCGGUAAAGGUGCAGCAACACCGCGCAACGGUCAAAACCGACAGGGCGGCGGGAACUGGAAGUCGUCUCCGCGGCACGAGCCGCAGGAGCUUUUUGCAGGCCAAGGAGAAAGUGACCGCCGUUCUUGAGAACAAAGAAUUGCACCAGGAGCUGCAGCAGCAGCGUCCUCUGUUCUUGCAGCAGAAGGCAGACGAGAAGGCCGCACUACGGGGCCAGGAUGAAGUUGUUCCUUUGGUCAAUGAAGAGGAAAGAACGGCACAACACGGAGAUGAAAUUGAGGGGACCGAAUGCGAAGAUUCCGAUGUUGUUGGUCAUCUCGUCCCAGAUCAUCACGCGGGAGACCACGAUUGCCGCGAAAAGAAGAACAAUAAACGGUCUCCGACAACAACCCACACUUCUGUGCUACCGGGUCGUGAGCUGGACUACAGCACGCUACUGGAGAUGAGGACCACUCAAGAAUCUACUUCCUCGACAAGCAAGUUCCACCUCGACCAGCAAGAGCAGCUCGAGAACAAGAUGACGCUCAAAUUAACGCUCCCACCGACCCUGCCCCUAAAUCUCCCGAACGACGGGCAAGAUUUCCUCCCAGCGAACUGGUGGCAGGCCCGGCAUACUGCGGAAUUCAGCGAGAAAGAACAAAAAUACGAGGCGAAAGUUGGUUGGUUCUUGAACACGUACAACCACCAGUAUCUCAUCUUCAACCUGGAAUCCUUCCCCGCAUCACAAGUCCGGUCCGCGAUCCGGCAGUACGCAGACUCUAUCUGUAAGACCCUCUACAUCACCGCCACGGGCGACGGCGGCGGGAUGCUUUCGGCGAUGCAGGGGUCCGCUGGGACGGUCGGGAACUUUUAUCCCAAAGAAAUCGCGGGUGGGUUUUUUGGGAAAAAUGAUUUUACAACUACGCUUUUAGCAGAAGACAACGAGGGAACAAGCAGGGGAGUUUUGGCGGAGAUUUUUGGCGAUUUGAACAAUGGCCCUGUGAAAGAUUUACUUGGGUCGGAAUUUGUGCCGCUGAACUUGCAGACGUUGGAACACAACCUCGAGUUCCUGGAGUAUUACUUCCUCCCCGGCGUCUCCCCCGCCCAAACACAACCGAUCAAAAUGUCCCGGUGGUUCGACGAAAGUCAAUCGCUGUGCAAGGUGAAAAAUGGCAGAAUCGUGGGGAAUUUACAUUCCAGUCUGAUCGAGUACGAUCCAGCAGAUGACUCGACUGAUGGGAUGCCAAGUUCUGUGGCAAAUUUUGUCGUGCGGAAGAUUGCGUUGUCUUGGUGCAACAAAAUCAACACGGGCAAAGAUCCGAUGAACGGAAAUUUGUUUUCCCCCGGAGAAGCUGUCCCGGCGGUGGACGGGAAGGAAAGGCAGGCGCAGGUGCUGCAGAAGGCCUGUUUUGACUUCCCCGGGUGGCUGGGGAUGGAGGAUUUGAAAGCGUUACUGGAGAGUUAUGCGGAGGGGGUUUGUAUUGCGGAAGCCGCAGGAGCCUCCUCGUUCGGAACAUGCCCGGGGGAACUGGAUCCGAACGACCCGUUUGGCAACAGUUCUUUAAUCGCGGACAUGACCCACACAAACCCAGGCGAAUCGCAAAGGAUUCGGCUCGCGCCGGGGGACCUGUUCCGGAUGGAUGCACAAGGGGAGAAAUUGACUGACAAGGGGAAGCUGUGCACAAAACUGUCCUCUGGCAGCAUCGGUGUGAGCGACUCUUGCGCCCCGGUUUUCACGGAAAGGAACACAGCCCCGAGUACUGAGGAAGAACAGUACAAAGCCACGUGGGCAGCAAGUUUCAAAGACGUCAGCAACCUCGUGUUUUAUCACAAACAGUUCACGACGUUGUACGAUUACUGCAUUUACUACCAAGAGCAUCUGGAGCUGAAAAACGGCGCAGCUACUGCAUUGAAAGCCACCGGCUGGGACAAGUUUUUCGCGGAUGACGAGGCGGGAUCGUCGGAUAAAAAGCCCACGGAGGACACUUGGACGGUCGAGGAUUUGUACGGAAAACGGAUUUUGUACGCGUGUGCCCAGCUGCGGCUGAAGUUGGAAGAAAUUAUUCUGAGCACAAGUAACGCUGGGAACAACUCAGUGCCGUCGGCGAAACAGGAGGCCAUGUGUCCAGUUGCCGAUCCGAUGACGGCGAUCAUUGACCAGGGUGUGCUGAAACCGGAUCAUGCCGACGAGGAGCUCAAGUCGGCUGCUUCCCUCCGCCUCCCUACCUUCACGGGCUACCAUCCGUUAUUCAGCAAAACGACCACGAAACAAUGUGACUUUAUCCCGAACCAGGACUUCGCGGGCGGCGAUUUGUUUUCCAUCGAAAUGAGCGAAAAUUUUUCCCACUUCUUCGCGGAAUCGGAAGCCCUCCACAGCUCUGGCGGUGGGGCAGGAAGUGAAGACUCAGUGCAGGCUGAGAACGCGAGAAAGUGCCAGCGGUUGUGCGAGAUGGUGCACAUCUGCAGUGCGUGGACGUAUCAUGAAGUGGAGGGUCCUGUUGCCGACGACAAUGCCGUCGAUUCGGCCCAGCCGCAUCACGGCCGCUGCUACGUCAAAAACCGUUCGAAGACGACGUUGCACAACGCUGUGAAUCGCUUCACGGGGGAGUGUCAGGGCGGGCCAGAUCAUUCUAGUGCGGGUGCAGCAGCAGCUGGAACUUCAGGUACAGAAUCCGAUAUUGAAGACACCGCGAAGAUCGCAGCCCUCAUCGAUCCAAAAACCGGCAGUAUGAAGUUGCCGAACCCGCUGAAAAUCUUGAUCCCGAAAUUCAGCGAUGCAGUAGAUGGAGUGCCGUCGUUCGGUGGGGACGUCGCCGUUCCGGAAAGUUUUGUCGGGUGCAAUCCCAUGGUUUGCGAGGACCAGAACACGUUGCGGGAGAAGAAAAUUCUCACCACCGUUCUCCCUUCGAGGGGGAUGCUCGCGUCGGGGAUGAUUUGUGGGAACCAAUUCCCGAGCACCAUGGAGAUUUGUCCGUGCGGAGGCGACGGCAUUGGCUCUGGAGGUAGUACAGGCUCCCUAUUCCCCUCCGACGGGACGCUACCCUCGCGCAUGACGUGGGAGCAUUUGUUUACCCAAGCGAGCGACAUCACGAAGUCGCCAAAACAAAUUUUUGGCGAUAACCCGGCAAACUACGUCACCGGAACCGGGUUGAGCAGUGAGUUGGCUUCUGAUUUUACCGAAAAUGCGGAAAUCCAAGCAGUUUUCUACGAGUACAGCCGCUCGGUGUGCCGGCAAAUCGGGAAGAACAAAAUCCUCGUUUCAGCAUCCGACACUACUUCCGAUUACCACCUACCCGAAAACGCCCACGUAGAAUCCUGGCGCCCGUGGCCCGAGUGCGACCAAAUCGGGAUUCGCCCGGUGUUUUACCCGACCGGGGUGGGGUAUUUUUGGGAUCAGUUAGCCGGGGACGAGGGGGAAACGAUUGAAAUCGACCCCGGGUACAACAGCUGGUUCUCCCAGGGCACCAUUUGCCAACCCGGGUGUGCAGAACCUACUUUCAAAACAUCAGGCACCUCCGACCGGUUCCACGCCGCACAGCGGAAAACAACAGAAGCGGCGCUGGUGAAUCUAGUGCAGAAUUUAUCAAGGUGAAAAAUGCCCCCACCCCCAAAUUUGCAGGAAUUUGUGAUGCGAAGUUUCCAAAUGAAAACUUUUUGUCAUGCAUGAAAGGAGUAUGAAUCUUUCUGCUGCAGAGUCUAGGCGUAUAUGGCAUCGCUUGCAUGACAAGCGCCGCUCUUGCUGGGCUCUUUUGCAAUACAAAUCUUUGCUGUUGACGGUUGGAAACGUGUGAUGCUACUAGAUGCAAGAAGGCGAGUGUUUCUUUUGGAAAGGUUUGCAAUACAAAUGCUCCCAAGUUCUGGGGUGGGGGCAUUUUUCACUGUAAUAGAAUUUCUGCGUCCGAAUGGACUACCGGAGGACGAGCUACGCUCGGGGCUGGAAGGGGGAGGCCGCUGAUGCUUCCGAAAUGCCGACGGAUGCUUAUGAAACAGCGAAGUCGGAAAUUCCGGCUUUAGAUGCGGAGUAUGAAACGGCGGUUUUCAACGACGCGUAUUUGAAUCCGUUUCUUCCCUACUCUACCCAGGACCAUGACGCCUGGCUCUUCGACUAUACUCUGAUGUACGACACGAUGCAAACCGGGUGCAAGGCCGUUCCCGGCUGGCUCUCCGUUACUGACCUCCAACGUCGGAUUAUCGCUUACCUCGCCGGGGUUUGCGGGGUGAGAAGUGAGAGUGAGUGCGAAUCUAGUGACAAAAAACGACCUACCGCGUUUCCGGGAAAUAUUGGUCGGAAAUCCGGCGUUCCAGCAGCGGAUGGAGCGACGGAAAAAGACCUCCAGUGGUUCCCGGGGGGCGAGAUUUGCAAACUUGCGGGAUCGGAAAGUGAUGCGGAAACUUAUCUGAGCAGUGAACUCUUAAAUUCCGAUGUCGAGUUUCUGAAAGGAAUCACUUCUACGCAGACCACUUCGGAAGGCGAUAACAGUGCUAGCACACCAACUGUGAAGAUAAGCCAAUGCGUUCCCUCCAUUUCCCUCCCAACUUUCCAGGGUCGGGAGGCGUUCACAAACACGUGGCUGGGCGCCGUGGCGCCGAAGAUGCAUUUAUUCGAACUCCACUUCGUCUACACAAGGUUGCAGGAGUACUGCGAACUGGUUUUAUCCUUUCCGGAAACGGAGGACUUUUACACAGCGUCUGCUGUCGGCGUGAACAACCCAGGAGGACUGGAAGAUGAAAUUGCGAGGUUGCAGUAUCUGACCCGUAUCGUUUUCGGAACCGAAAUAUCAAGUGCAAAAAUGUCUGGGUCUGGAAGAAUGCAUGUCUGUCAUGCUUGUCUGGCAUGACUCUUGAAUCUGUCAUGCACGUUACCCAAGCGCUCCAUUUUUCUGUCAUGCAGAAACGCAGUCUGUCAUGCAGAAUAGUCAACACAUAGAAGCUCAGAAACUUGUCAUCCUUAGCCAGCACUUGUGGCCUCAUCAUGAUACGCCACCCAGCAUCACAAGUUUCCAGACCCAGACAUUUUUGCAUUUGAUGCGAAACCCUGGAUACAAACCUCGCCUUCCGGUUCGCCGAGCACCGGGAGCGCAGAGCUGGGUGCGUCAUGUUGCUUUUCACAGACACGCCUGAUGCGGAUCUACACGGCAGCGACGUUGAUCAGCAUCAGCCGAAGGGGUAUGUGCAGAAGGAACAGCUGCUCGCCGCAACUGCCGGGUCCGGUUCUGGUGGUGACGGUGACACCACCGAGGGCGGUGUGCAGCUUCCGGGACUGCCGAGAAGAAUGACUUGGGAAAAUCUGUUCCACCAGGCGGGAAGCAUUGCGAGCUCGCCACGCGAAAUUUUUGGCGCGGAAGAUGAAUACGGACAAACGGUCAGUCCGGAGUUGCAAGAUUUCACCUCUGUAAGGGAUUUAUCCGGUAUGGUGAAAGAGUACGGGAAUACGCUCUGUCAGUCCAUCAACUUGAACCGAAUCGCAUUCACUAACCUAAUCCACGAUCUCCCCCCCGACGGUACACCAGAUCCUAUGAGUUCUGUCCCCACCUGCACCGAUUCCCGUUUACCGCGGCUCUUUUACCCAGUCGGGAUCGCCGGGAACGGGGGGUGGGAAGAGGCGGCGGAAGGCGUUGACGAGGCUCUUUUGAGCACCUGGCCGGAUUGGGCGCAAGGCUUGAGACCACCAGGCUCCUCGGCCGCAUCAAAUGUCCUCCAAAUGUGCACCGCGAGCUGCACAGCCGCGUCCUGGUCAGCGGUUGUCGAGGACGACGCGCAGACGCCGCGAGAGAACGUGGAAUUUGCGCUGGCGAAUUUGGUCCAAAGUUGGUGCGUGCGGCAGGAUUACGGCAGAACGAGCUGGGCGUUCGGGUGGAAGAAGAAUGGGGGGGACAGCGAGGUCACACCGGCGCAAUAUUUCGAUGGAGGUUUUGAUAGUACUUCAGGCGUGACCACGGAUUCUUUCCCUGCUGAUGCCCUGAACGCGAGGUCCCGCAUCCCCCCGGUUGAUUCAACUUACGAAACGGGUGUUUACCGGCUCGCAAACCUGCAGCCCUUUGUGCCACUCGAUGUUGAUGAUACUUCUAACCAGGGAGGAGAUCAACAGCAGCAUCCACCGGUUCUUUUCAACCCUACCAUUGUCUAUCAAACGCUGCAAACCAGCUGCAAGGCGAUUCCCGGGUGGCUGUCGGUAUCGGAAUUACAACAGCGGAUCCAGGCGUAUUUGACCGGGGUUUGUGCGCUGCAAGAAACUUUAUCAAAAAAUGCAAAAAUGUCUGGGUCUGGAAGAUUCUGACACUUGUCAUGCACGUUUUGCAUGAGCCAUCAUGUCUGUGAUGCAUCCCCUAGCAAUACAGAUUUUUUGAGGGCUUCUUGAUGCGUAUUCCGCAUGACAAAUGCCUUCUCAGCGUAGCAAAAAUUGCCUUUCCUUUGGUACUCAUGCAAUACAAAUUUUUUUGGAAUCCAAAUGCAGCAUCACAAGUUGCAUUCUUCCAGACCCAGACAUUUUUACAUUUGAUAAACUUCUUGCGAAGAAACGGGUCUCCGGCCUAGGUUUUUCCCAAAAGACACCGCGUACCGAACGACGGAUUAUAUCCGCGACGAGACGACAAGUGCGGCUAAAAACCUCGGCUGGAUUUCCAGUGGGAAAUUGUGCUCGUCCGAUACACACCAAAACGCGAGGGCGAGGUUGGAAACCGCGAUUGGGCUGAAAACCGCUCCGUAUCAAAUGCAAAAAUGUCUGGAUCUGGAAGCUUGUGAUGCUGAACUGUGGUUGACUGAAAUGUUACCCAAUGCAGCCAAGCAUGGCAAGUUUGCACAACGCUCUCUCAUGCUCAGUCCGCAUGAGAAACUGCGCUUUUGUAUGACCAAAGAGGGCGUCUUUUUUGUUAGUCAUGCAACAUAGAUUUUACAGGAGUGUAGGACUAGCAUUACAAGUUCCAUUUUUCCAGACCCAGACAUAUUUGCAAUCCAUACUGCGGACGCGGGAACACCAGCAGGAUCAUCCCCGGCGGUCACUCCCGCUGUCUUGGCAAAUUAUGGCAUUCCCUCCAGCCCUGACUGUGUGCCCGCGACCUCGUUGAUUGAUCCAAGUGAUUUAACCCACGAGUCCUCCUUCUACAACCAGAAGCACGACGGGAAACUGAGUGAAAAGAAACAUCUGUGGGAACUCCAUCAUGUCUACAACCGGUUGAAUGAGUACUGCAAUUUGGUUCUCGCGCUACAACCCGAAAACGAGGAAUACGAGAAUAACGGCGGCUCGGUGUUUGUCAAUGAUGAUCAAAUCCGAUUCCUUAAGGACAUCAAUUUCGGCGAGCAAUUCGCUUCGUCCAUUCCAAUGGAUUUCGAAACGGGGGAGGAAAGGUUUUUCCGUCAAGAUCGACAUCGUCAGCGGAGAGCCGGGUGUUUGCUGUUUCGCUACUUGGACGACGGGUCGCCACGGAAUCUGGACGGAACUUUCGCCGACAAAAGUGUUUACAGUGGCACUGAAGAGGACAACCACGGAGUAGACCAUUUUUCCUUUGCGCUCCUUCCGACGGAGCAAAUGCCGAAGGCUUUCGUCGACCCAGCUGACCUGCCGCCCGUCGAAGAGCCAGCCACGACAGCGCCGCCUAUCGGCGAGAUCCCGCCGCCUGCGGAGCUUGUUUCGGGAACCGGCCGUGUUUUGCCGAAUGACAUGACGUGGGAGCACUUGUUUCGAAAUUCGAUUGAUUUGCGGCUUUCGCCAAGCGAAGUUUUUUCUAAUAACGGAGAGCAGGACGAUUUAGCCGGAUUGCAAACACUCGACCUGCAAACCGCGUUUUCGGAGUACAGCUCGCAGAUCUGUCGGGGAAUCAAGAAGCAGUUACUACUCGCUGGGACUUUCUCCGAAACAGCGAAUUCGUGCAGCAAGAAAAACCUUCAUGAGGUUUUCUAUCCGUACCAACUCGGAGGUACUGCGCUGUGGGACGAUUGGUUUACGGCGACCGUCCUGGGGAACCAGAUUUGCACGGCGGAUUGCUUGACCGCCUCGUACGGCUCGGGUUGGGAUGCCGUGACGACAGGAUUUGUACUAGAAAGCAAUCCAAUUGUUCCAACGGUAGACACUUUGAAACUCGCGCUCGCGGAGGUAGCGCAGAACUGGUGUCAACGGAUGGACUACCUGCGGACACAGAGUUACUGGUCGGAAGAAGGUACUGGUUCAGAACAGACUUCGGUCUACAAGACGAUCUUCCAAGCUGGUGGUACACCAACAUCUUCAAGCGGUGUUUGGUACGAAUCCGGGGUUCACAACGGUCCGGCUGGCCCGGGUUUCGAUCGGCAAGAUGAAGAAUUUCCCUUUUCAUCCAGUCAACCGAAUGUCGCCAACCUCGAUGGAUUAACCAUCAAUUCUGCCUACGACAUCCUCCAGUCCUCCUGUAUGACCUUCUCAGGCGUCACAAUCUCAAACGUUGCAAUAGAGUGUGGACUUUGUUUUGCCUCAGCAGCAUGACAGAGUCGCAGAGCGUUCUUCUUUCUGCAAUACAAGUUGCGCCAGGUUCUAGCUAGUUUUGGAACUGCUCCGGAACUUGUCAUGCGCAAUCCUGCGGGAGUUGGCUAGAUGAUGCGGUUUUUGCAUCACCGAUUUCCAUGUCCUGUAUUGUAACACUUGGGAUUGUAACGUCUGAGCAUGUCAUAUCCUGCCGCGCUCUGCCCGGGUGGCUGUCGACGGAGGAAUUGCGGCUCCGGAUUCAAGCGUAUACCGCUGGGGUGUGUGCUUUCUUAAAAACCCCUCUCGGCUCGAAAACGGGGCUCGCUCCGGGUUCGCAAUGGCCCACUUCUUCGGAGGAAGCAGGAGGAGGCACCAGCAGCUCCAGCGAGAACAACGUUUGCGAAACCACUGGUACACGCCCCCAGGUUUUCCCGAACGAUGCGGGUUGGCGGGAUUUGCACGGACACAAAUUGAUGUGGUUCGAAAGGGGCAUUGUGUGUACGGAAGUGACUGACGGCGCAGGUUACUCAGCGAUGGACGUGUGGACGGAUCUGUUCAAGAACAAACAAAGCGAAGUAGAUGCUGUUGUCCCGGAGAUUUUGAAGAACAGCAAUUCUGCCUGCGUCCCGACGAUUGCGGCGAAAUCUACAACUUCCUUACGAGAGUGCACAACUCCCCCUCCUUCUCAUUUGUAUGGUCGAUAAGCAGCAACACAAGCAACCACAGAAAUGUGGCUGCCGCAUGACAAAUCUGUUGCACACGUUAUCUGUAGUACAACUCUUUGAGGUUCCAAAUGAAUUUGGCAUGGACAAGGUGCAUACAGGUAGGACUUGGAUUUGGUAUUUUGCAUUACAAAUUAUGAGGGGAAGGGGGAUUGUGCACUCUCAUAUUUCUACGAGAAUUUCCACAAACUCACCGGCUCGGCCGAUCGCACGAACCCGACGCAUUAUAAUGAGAAGUACGAGCAUUUGGAACUCCACUGGACCUACAACCGAAUCAAGGAAUACUGUGAGUACGAAUUAUUGGAGAAGAGUACAGCUGCUCCAGAGUUACAAGAUUUCCUGAAGGCCGUGAAAGAAAAAUCCUCGCCGAAGUCGAAUCCCGGUUCUACUGGCAAUCCCAAGUGGGAAUCCGGUGAGGGGUACCUCGACAACGCGCGGCGGAUCGGGUGCAAAAUUUUCACGGAUUUGGACCGCCCGCGGGACGCAGCGGAGGUGGUUUUUGCUGGUGAAACAAACACGCACCCUACUACAGUUGCGGACCAGGUGAAAAACUUUGUUUCCAUCCCCGCUACUGGGGACUACGGGUUGAAAAGUGAAGUCCUCGAUCUCGGGGACCCUUCGGAUGGCCCUGCUUUCUGUGCGAAGAAGGGGAAAAAAUGUGAGGAGCCAGGGUCCUCUUUUGCCGGGGUGUCUCCCUUGAACGGGAGGUGUUAUCAUCAAGUGAUCAAAAGGUCGGACGGAAAUGCGGAGGCGCUAGCGAAAGAUUGUCUCUUCGACCGGUUUCCGGAUGAUUUUGGCGAAGAGCUGACCACUUUGUUGCAGGAGAACCGGAAUCUACAUCGUUUGACCGGGGAGGGGGAUGAGAACAUCGCUGAAGAAGAGAAGAAAAACCCGUGUUUGGGGCAAGCAGUUUCUGGCCGAAAAAUCAUCCCUUUACUGGUUUCCGGCGAGCCGGAAACCUUCACGACUUACUUCGGGUCGCGGCCGUUUGACAAAGUCAUUGAAUCGAAGCACGCGGAGGGGAAACGGGCGACGAAGAAGGAAGUUUGUUUUGGCGGGGCGGCGGCCGCGAGUGAUGAUUUUUAUGUGGUUAAUGUUGAGGGAAACUUCAAACUCCCAUCCGCUUUCGGCAACUCCGCGGGAAAAGACAAUGCGCAGAACACCAUGCGGGUGAAUCAAAUCACCCUCCGCCACAGCUACGGCGAAACGUCCUGCGGCCAGAAUACAAAGGACUGCCGCAGUGACAACUGGGCAACCAGGAAGGGGGCUGCGAAUGUGUGGAUCCUCGCGACAGACAGCGAAAAUGAUCAAGAUGGAGCUACUUCAUCGCAACAAGAGUACGUCGCCGCGCCAGCAGGAUCCUAUUUCCCCGCAGCAGACUCGGAUUUUCAACUGUUCUGGACCAAAGACGGGGCGGAUUCGGUGUACACAAAAUGGGUGACUGGUGGGGAAUAUCCGGAGGGUAAUGAGAAUGCUAAAAUGCAAAACGCAGGGGAAUUUCGCUACCAUUGGAUGGAACACGCGGAAAACUUACCGUAUAAAGUAGAAACCGCUGCCGGUGCACCAGGUGCUGACACCUCUUCUGAUGCGAAGAACUACAUGUACGCCUAUGCGUCCUACGACAAGGAAGCCAACGACAAAUUUCCGAACAACCCGAAAGACUUGAAUUUCCCGCGGCAGUCCGCGAUUGACCUGCAGCUGGAGCGAACGGCGACUCCGGCGGACUUACCUGAUUCGAUCGCGCGUGACAACUACUUUUACAAGGGGGGCAUAACCUACCACCUAGUCCACGGGGAGAAUUAUUGGCGGAGUGGGGGCACGGAUGCCGCGGACAAUGUCGGGGAGUCGUGUGUGCACGUGUUGGUUUGCGUGGACGUGAAGGCGCAAAUCCCAGCGGGGCAGGUCCUCGCCGUCCCGGCAGCACCCAAAGAGGACGGCCAAGCGUUUAUCCUGAGUAAAAACGUACCCACACCAGAGUCAGGAUGGGGAUUUUGCAACACAAGCCUAGCAGUUUUGUGGGUCACGCAUGACAAGUUGCACUAUGCAGUGUAGUGCAGGUUAGCAAGUGCAGCCGCAUCACAGAUUCAUCUGCUCAUCCUGUUCACAGCACCACAAAUUCCAAAACACGAUUGGAAAUGGCUCUCAUGGGGAUGCGCAUUACAAGUCUUCCUCUCUUUGCAAAUCUGCAUUACAACUCUGGUGUGGGUACUUUUUUACUCAGGAUAGCGUUCUGCCAAGACCGGCCUGCGAAGGGGGAGAGGUGCGUGGACGAAUAUGAUAAACCGAAGUUUGGCGUUUGUAUGAAAGGAGAAAGCAGUGCAGUAUGCGACUUCAAGCACGUCGACGAAAUAGCAGAGUCCGCUCCUUUGAAAGACUUGACGCCAGAAACAGCAAUCGCCGCUAGCCCGCCGAGUCAGGGAAAUUUGAAGGCGGAAAACCUUUUAAACGGGCAGCAGAUAGCCGCGUAUGAGCAAAACGGCGCACCAUCUGGGGUUUACACGAGCUACAGCGACAAAAACCACUGCGCGUACGUGGAGUUGGAUUUGAACGACGGGGAUAAAGCUGGAAAGAGCGACGCGUUUGAUGUUUCCAACGUGCGAAUCCAAAUCCCAGUCGAGAACUUCUACCUCCGCCAACUCUUCUUCGCCCGGCCCUGGACGUCGCAGAGUUCUGCUGAAGAGCAGGAGCUGGGAAUAACAACCAAGUUCGGGGAACAAAGCCCCUGUCUUCUCCCUGACUGUUUACAAACGGAAGAAGGCAAUACCGGGUACACGCUUCCUCCCGGUGCUCACUUCCCGAACGUGCACGAGGGGAUCGAAGUUUUCGUCACGAAUCACACGGUCGAGUUCGCAGCUCCCUGUAAGAAGCCAAGAGCGGAAGAGGUUGUAACUGGUGCAAGUGCUAUGGAUGAAAACUCGGGCAGCGGCAGGGAACUUUGUGAAGUUAUCAAAUUCGACAAGGGGAAUGGGCUCGCGAGGGUACGGAAAAUGCACAAUUACCAGCGGUAUCGAAUGCAAAUAUGUCUCGGUCUGGAAGAAUGCAACUUGUGAUGCUGCAUUUGGAUUCCAAAAAAAUCUGUAUUGCAUGAACAGCAAAAGAGGUGUAUUUUGUGCUACGCGGAGAGGGCAUUUCUCAUGCGGUAUGAGCAUCAGAAAGCCCUCGCAAAAUCUCUGAUGCUAGGGCAUGCAUCACAGACCUCAUGGGUCAUGCAAAAUCUGCAUGGCAAACUCCUGCAUUCUUCCAGACCCAGACAUUUUUGCAAUCCACAACCGGAUCCACGACUUCGACAGCGUUUCGGCCGCCGCUGGGGCGGGUGAAGAUGUUAGCGGUGCUUUCACCGUGGGUGAGAUGGUGAUUGACUGCAGCAAGGCUGCUCCGGGGAAAUUCGUUGUGGUCCAACUCCCCUUACGGCAGGAGGGGAUCACGUCAGGCAGUGGCUCUUCUUCGGCAAGUUCUUUCUUGCAAAAGGCUACAAAAUCAAAAACCUCCCUCCGCCCCGCCUACCGCGAACUCGCGAUUUUGGGCGUAAAAGUCUUCGGCACCGGUGUUGCUGCGAACCCGAUCGGGGGUGGGGAUGGCGACUUCGAUGGAAACGCAUCGGAACUAGAACUUGCCGUCCGGUCUGCAGUGUUCAACUUCUACAAUCUCCAGUGCUAUGGGAACGGGCUGUUCGCUGCGGAGAGUUGCACCCCGGAGAAGACGAAACUCCUCGCAAAUUACGACACCGCUGUGUGCACUUACGAAACCAGAAUCCCGUCUGGUUCUUUGAACAAGCUGCACUCGGGUGAGUGUUUUUUCGACAUCGAAAAAGCGGAGGAACGGGCUAAUAUUGCUGACUCGUCCGCGCAACCAAAUGACGCACAGCUUUUAACCUCGGUGUUUCAACUCCUAGACCAUUGUGGCGACCAGUUUCUGAAUGGGAAGGGAACAAACCCGAGGUUCCCGACGAGUUCUACUUUAGUUUCAGCAGCAGCGGAUGACAGAAGUUCAUCUUCUCUUUCUUCUUCCCAAGUUGUGGCCGGCACCGCCGAACCGCAUCCGACCCUACCACAGUCCGCGCACGCGGAAAACCACAACUGCGCUUUAUUCGGCCGGAAGCUCGUCGAGAUCUGCAGCAAAGUGGACCGGCGGUUUUACGACCAGAACUGGAGCGACGAUUUUUUCAUCUCCGGGUUCUACGGCGAUGCAUUCGCGGUGUCCGACAGCGUGAUGAGCGGAAGAACAGGAGGGGUCUGUCAAGAAGUUGUGGUGGACAAAAUGGACCACAGCUGCGCAACGAUAAUCAGCGCAGAGGAAGAAGAUGAUCUGCUGAGCGUUUUGGACGCCGGGUUGACAAGGAUUUCCUCCAGUGCAACUACUUCUUUGAACAAGCCCGCCCGGGUGCUUUCGUUAUUUCUCUGCGCGUACUCCCGGAUGUCAGCUACCGAAGUCGAAGUUGUGGCGAAUAGUGAGGAAUGGAUCAUGCCUAUCUUGUGUAAAAACGUCCCCACCCCAGAGUUGUCAUGCAAAUCUGCAUGCUCAAAAUGUUUGUCAUGCGGAGACACAUGAGAAGCAUUUUCUGGUCGUGUUUUGGAAUUUGUAAUGCGCCAAUCAGCAUGAUGUACUAGAUCUGUGAUGCUUCUGAACUACCUCAAACAGCACUACACUGCGACUCCAAAUUUGUCAUGCAAAACAGCCGAAACUCGUGGACUUGUCUAGCCGAUUCCCCAUCUUGACUCUGGUAUGGGGACGUUUUUACUCAGGAUAAUGCCUGGAUUGCAGGCGGGAGACAGUUGCGAGAUUUUGCCCUUGAUCGCCGGUGAUAAGCUAUUUCCCACCCCUGACCUUGAGUACCAGUUUCUCCAAGAACUCGCUACUUCUGGGGGUGUCUUGUGUCAACUGCAAGAUUUGUCCGUCAAUUUUCGGACCGACCUGGACCUGGUGAAGAACUACGUUCUGGAAUACGAAGAGAAAGUGGCAACGGCAGAAAAUUACGCGGUUCUGUCCAAAGACCUCCGGACGGAUCAAGAGUUGCUGAAGUUGUUUGUCCAUUACCAAAACGGCGCAGCUGCAUCCUUUGCGAACGUAGACCUGCUCCGUCUCGCCACUUUCACCCUUCGCGCGGACGAGGCGGUCAUGCGAGACCUGUUUCUACCAGUGAUCGGCUCCUCUCAACCUGCUCCUGUCGACUGCCGAGCAGGGUUUCCCUUCCUCGACAAUACCCUCCAGAACGACGUGGAUUUCGUCGCGGAUAUUGUCCGAAGAAAAAAUGAUGAAUGGGAACCAGACGAGGCGUGGCCGCCGUGUGUUAACUUGAUUCCGGAGUCCUUGCCUGAUUUCACACCGGAUGGAAAUCCUGGUUUAAGGGACAAUGUGGAAUUCUUUGAAAAACUACUUUUCCCUGCAGAUGCUACCACUAAUCAUCUCCCAGAAUCGACCCGCUGUUUCGACAUUUUGGUCCACGCAGAGGAUAGUGUGAAGGGGAAUGUGGCAUUCGCAACCAAGCUCGUCGAAGAUUCUUCGCUCGUGAACAGCGUGGAGAAAAGAAGUAGUCCAGAAACGAAUUGGCCAGGAGAAUCAACUGUCUGCAUUGCCUCGAUCGUCAACACUUUCCUCAAACCUGGCGAUACGGAUUUUACGAAAGACCGAGUGAUCAUGAAGAAGUUGAUCCGAACUUCCACUGAUUGCUCCGCGUUCAAAUACGCAGACCAACAACUUCAAUCCGACGACACCUUUCGGACUGAAAUCGCCGCGCUGGACCCAAGUAAUGAAGGCUGUCAAUCGAUUUCUCCCGACCAGUCUUUGGAAUUUUGGAAAUCGAAAAUCGAAGCUAACGGCUGUGAGGAAUUUGCAAAUGCCAGUACGAAACUGAAGAAGACCGACGACGAGGGUCUCGCACCAUGGAUUCUCGAGUACGACAACGGGAAAUGUGCCUUUUUCGCGUUCAGGCACUUCAUCUACGGGGACCAUACCAGCACGGGGUUUCACUCGAUGGUGGAGAAGGUGCUGUCAAAAAAGGGGAACAAUCAUGCCUGGAAUCCCUAUGAAGUCGAUUUCCCGGGGUAUGGCUCUCUACCAGCUCCAUUGGACGAGAAUAUCGUGGAGAAUGUUGGGGAUGAUGAAAGCGACGAACCGUCCGUGGAUUUGCUGGAAAAAAUUGCCGCGAUAACUGAUAACAGCAACACGAUUGUUCAGCAGCAGAAAGAGUUCUUCAUCACGAACAGCGAAACGCUUCUCAGCUGCUAUCUCUACCCGUUGCUCCCGUUAGAGGAUUUCCGGACGAACAGAAUUCUGGCGAGCAAAACUUUCAGCAGCAACGACGGGUGUGGGUUAAACUUUAUUUUCGUCGACCAUGCUCUGAAAUACGAUGUUUUGGUAGCGACUGCCGCGGUGCAGUCAACCUGCUACGCCAUGCGAGACGUGCCAAGGGCUUUGCAGAAUAACGUCGAGGUGUGUAAAGCCGCGGUGACACCACUAAAAGAUAGUAGAAUCUCGAAUGAGUUCAAAUAUUGCCUCCCCGGAUUGUUCGCGACCUCGUUUCAAGACAUUUGCAAGUCCAGCUUCGAGUUCGCCGAAACAUUAUCAAAUGCACAAAUGUCUGGGUCUGGAAGAAUGCCAGACUUUUCAUGCAGGUUUUCCAUGACCCAUGAGGUCUAGUAUGAAGGACAUAGCAUGACAGAUUCUGUGAGAGUUGUAUCAUGCCUAUCCAGAAACUGCCUCUCGAUUAGGUCAAAAGUGGACAGCUUUUGGCAAUCAUGCAACACAGAUUUCUACAUGAUUCAGAUUUAGCAUGACAAGUUGCUGUGUUCCAGACCCGGACGUUUUUACAUUUGAUAAACACUGGUCACUUACGACUGCCACGCUUUGCGGUAUUUGGAGAGCGCGAAACUCGGCGCGACAGCGUAUGAAACGGUCGUGCAGGUGGCGCUGGCGCAGCAGGGAGAUGAUGUUAUAACUGCGGAGAUAAACAUCAACGAUGGGAACAAGGACGAUGUCGAGCCUGGUGACGAAGAGUUCAAAACGCUCUCUUGUCCGAUCGCGGUGAAGAGCCCCCUCGACCCGGCGACAGCGGACCUCGCCACCGGCUUGGACUACCGAAAACUGGGGUCGCCUUUGCAGUUUGUGGAGGGGGAGUUUCUGAGCAAACAUGUUGAUUUGGUGAAAACGGCUGUUUCUCAGCAUUGCUCGGCCGGCUGGAAGGCUGCGGUGCGGGCGACGAAGAACACCAACAGCCCUGUGGCACUAAACGCCGACCUUUUGCAGUGGAUCUUCCUAAACCAGGCGAAAACUUUUCCCGGCUACGAAGACGCGCACACUUCUGGAGCAAAAUUGGAAGAAUCCCUUGUGUCAAAACACGACUGCACCGUCGCCACUUAUCUCGAAAUCGCGGGGGAAGAAGCGAAAUCAGACUUGGAGGUCAUGACCGCCGCUGCUGCGGUGGAUUGCAACGUGUGGACGAAAUUUGCAUCGGCAGAACUGCGAAAGAACUACAAGGCGAAGAAACCUAACAACUUCGACCUAGCGUGUAUGGGGGUGUCAGGAUCGAAAUCGACAAAGUCGAAAAAUUUGUAAUGCGUAAAAUGUAGGGCAAGUAAGGCCUGUAUUGGGGAGCAGGCAAAUGAGACCGAUUGUAAGCCUGUUUAGGGGUAUGCAAUGUGCUGCCAGAGUAGCAUGACAGCAGCAGCCGUCUUUGCCCAAACAGCAUGACAGACUGGAUUUGGGUGCUCCCGAAAUUUGUCAUGCGCCAAGUACAAACUGAGGCUCCGACUGGUAUCGAUUUUAUGCAUCACAAAUUUUUCGAUUUUGCCAAUUUCGAUUUUGACAUGUCCAUAGCGUUGCAACAAAACCCGGAUAAUUUGACCCUACACUGUACCAUCGUGCAGGAGGAAAUCAUUGUCCAGACACUCGCGCCGAUUACGGUGAAAUCCUGCGAGGUGUCGUUUGGUAAUCCGGAUUUGGAAAAUUUGUGCACGAACGUGGGAAGCGGUGGAGGGGUUUACAAGUUGAAUACCGGUAUGUCCGCGCACAUUUGGCGCAAGCUAUCAGAUGUAAAAAUGUCUGGGUCUGGAAAUUUGUGAUGCUAAAAUGUGGAUGAUGGAAACAGUUUCGAACGCAACCUAGCAUGACAACUUUCCAGAACGGUUUCUCAUAGGUAAUCCGCAUGAGGAACUGCGUGGUUGCAUGUCCAAAAGAGGCUGCGACUUUUGUUGGUUAUGCAAUAUAGAUUUCCUAGGUAUGGAAAGCCAGCAUUACAAGUUCCAACCUUCCAGACCCAGACAUUUUUGCACAGGAUACAGGCUACAGAACUGCAAAGUCUCGGAGAUCAACUGUGACAAGUUGAACCGGUGACUUUUGCAAAUUUGAUUGAUUUGUGAUGCAGAUUUUUUUGUCAAUUUUUUUUUUUCAUUCUUCUGAACAUACUUACAUGAUUUUGAGUUACAUUUAUCAUCACGCUUUUUUGGGCUUCACAUGCAAGCGGUCGGCAAUUUACAAGUUUAGAUCUUCAAAUAGCAGCUGUUUCAAUUCGAAGUAACUUCUAGUACAACAUUUCCUAAGUACAUAAAUUUUCAUCCUUAGCACAGCUUUCUUUACUAAUUUUGCAUGCAGAUCAACAUGAGCUACCCCAAGAGUAACAAGACAACUCUGCCCAAGUUUCAAAAACGCACACCCACCCGUACUACAGCCUCUCCUUUUUCACUCAAUGCCAGCAUAAGUCGAAGCCGCUAAUGUUUGAUGUGGUAGGCUGAAGCUUUCCCGGUUAGUAUCCCUAACAAAGUUCUUUCGCUGCUAGCCACAAACAAUAAUUUUGCUCUUCCCCGCCAAUAAAGCAGAACCCUACCACCCCCUGUCUCGUCUUUACCCCGCAUUUUUGCAUAACAAGUACUACCAGUCUGAUACCUUUACAAACAAUUUUCCUUCGAUUUAAUGAGGCUUCGACAAAGAUUAGACAAGUUGCUUGAGGACGCCACGAAUUCGGUGGCCGUUCUUGGUGCACAGAUGUUUCUAUCAUGGUCAUCAUCGAGCGAUGAAGCG